GCGAGGGAAGCAUGGAGCGUGCGCUGAAGGAGAAGACAGAAUGGACGCGCCGGGCGGUCUUUGACUCGAACGGAAAGGUUCUCUCAAUGGAAGGAUCUAUCUCGAUUCAGGAUUUGAAGGGUUAUUUGACUGCCUUCAAUGACAAAGACACCACGUUUGGCAAUGGAUUCAACAUCGAUGGGAAGAAUUACGAAGUUCAUCGAUUCUACGAAGAUGACGGGCUGAUCUAUGGCCGUACCCACUCGGUUGAUCCUCGGGAUGGAGAGGGCUUCUGCUUUGCUAGGGCCAAACGUGGAACAACAGGAGAGUGGAUCUAUGCAAUCAUCACCUACAAGUUCCCGGUUCUAUCUGCUAAGGCUGUCCCUGAGCUUCAAGAUUUUAUGAGGCAGUUUGUCUGCAAUCAGUAGCUGGGCAACUUGUUGAAGCAUAACUACAUGAAUGAUCUUGUUCACAUCAAUACACCAUUAGAUUUAC